AACUCUUUUUAGGGUUUUACAUUCUUCCAAAAAAAAUUCCUUUUUCACUCUUCUUUUUUUCGCUGUUUACUGAAAAAUGGCGAAAAGAUUGUUGCCAUUGUUGAACCGAGUUUUGGUGGAGAAGAUUGUCCCUCCUACUAAAACUACAGCAGGAAUUUUACUCCCCGAGCACAGCUCCAAGCUGAACUCUGGAAGAGUUCUUGCUGUGGGUCCGGGCCUUCGUAAUGAAGAAGGGAAUCAUGUCCCUGUUUCUUUGAAAGAAGGGGAUACUGUAUUGCUGCCUGAAUAUGGAGGAACUCCUGUGAAGCUUGGUGAAAAAGAGUAUCAUUUAUACCGCGAGGAGGAUUUGAUGGGCACGCUGCAUGACUGAUAUAACAGUGGCUUUCCUGCCUAUGAUCGGCUUCUUGUCCUAAUAAUGUCAUAGUUAGUCUUUAUUGUUCAUGAAGUAGCUAUUUUAUAUUCUAGAUUUGAGGCGUUGAACUUCAAAAAAACAUGUUUUUAUGUUGCAAACUACAAUGACAUUUCCUAUGAAUGCUAAAAUGCAUUCUUUUUGUUUCGAAUCGUAUCUUUUCUAAUUGGCAACGCAGAUUAUGUGAUUUAAUUAUGGUAAGUCAUUGGUAUUUCCUGCAUUACAGUAGUGUGUUCUUAUAUUUGUCAACAGCUAUGGAAAUUGUGACUAAAACUGUUGAAAUUUGUUAUGGCGGUAUGGUUGAAUCAAUAC